CCUGAUGUCUCUGCUGGAUGCUGACAUCCACUCAGCCCACCCCAGUGUCAUCAUCGACGCUGACGCCAUGUUCUCUGAGGACAUCAGCUACUUCGGCUACCCCUCCUUCAGACGCUCCUCCCUGUCCCGCCUUGGCUCCUCGCGAGUUCUCCUUCUUCCCUUAGAGCGCGACUCAGAGCUGUUGCGUGAGCGUGAGUCUGUGUUGAGGUUGCGGGAGCGGAGGUGGCUGGAUGGGGCCUCGUUUGACACGGAGAGGGGCUCCACCAGCCGCGAGGGGGAGCCCAGCCUGGACAAGAAGAACAUCCCCGUCCAGAGCCCUGUCUCUCUGGGCGAGGAGCUGCAGUGGUGGCCUGAUAAGGAUGGUGUGAAGUUUGUGAGCAUCGGGUCCUUGUUCUCUGAGCUGGUGGCAGUGAGCUCUAAGGGGGAACUCUACCAGUGGAAGUGGAGUGAACCAGAACCAUACAGAAACACACAGAACCCUUCUAUCCGCCACCCCCGGGUGUCAUUCCUGGGCUUGACCAAUGAGAAGAUCACCCUGCUGUCUGCUAACAGCAUCAGAGCCACCGUGGCCACAGAGACCAACAAGGUGGCGACCUGGAUGGAUGACACCCUGAGCAGCGUGGCGUCCAAGCUGGAACACAGUGCCCAGACCUACCCUGAGCUUCAGGGGGAGCGCAUCGUGUCUCUGCACUGCUGUGCCCUCUUCACCUGCGCCCAGCUAGAGAGCAGCCUGUACUGGUGGGGUGUUGUGCCUUUUAGUCAACGGAAAAAGAUGCUUGAAAAGGCUAGAGCCAAGAACAAGAAGCCAAAGUCCAGUGCCGGCAUCUCCUCAAUACCCAACAUCACUGUGGGAACGCAGGUGUGCCUGAGGAAUAACCCCCUCUACCACGCCGGUGCCGUGGCGUUUUCUGUCAACGCUGGGAUCCCCAAGGUGGGACUGCUCCUCGAGUCUGUCUGGAACAUGAAUGACAGCUGCAGGUUCCAGCUGCGAUCGCCAGAGAGCCUCAAGAACAUGGACAAGACCACCAAGACCCAGGAGAUCAAAACGGAGAGCAAGCCGGAGUUGGUAAAGACUGAGAUGGGGCCCCCUCCCUCCCCGGCCUCCACCUGCAGUGACACCUCCUCCAUUGCUAGCAGUGCCUCACUGCCCUACAAACGAAGACGCUCAACCCCGGCUCCCAAAGAGGAGGAGAAGGUGAACGAGGAGCAGUGGCCUCUUCGGGAAGUGGUGUUUGUGGAGGAUGUUAAAAAUGUCCCUGUGGGAAAGGUGCUAAAAGUGGAUGGUGCGUAUGUAGCUGUGAAGUUUCCAGGGACGUCAAGCAGCGUGAGCACACAGCCGAGUCAGCCUAGUGCUGCGGCUCCUAUAACUGACUCUGACCCCUCCUCACUGCUGCAGGACUGUAGGCUGCUCAGAAUAGAUGAGUUACAGGUGGUAAAAACUGGUGGAACACCUAAAGUUCCAGAUUGCUUCCAGCGCACACCUAAAAAACUCUGCAUCCCAGAGAAAGCUGAGAUUCUGGCUGUGAAUGUUGACUCCAAAGGAGUCCACGCAGUGCUGAAGACGGGUAACUGGGUGAGGUACUGUAUCUUUGACCUGGCCACAGGCAAAGCAGAGCAGGAGAAUAACUUCCCCACCAGUAACCUAGCCUUCCUGGGGCAGAGUGAACGCAACGUGGCCAUCUUCACCGCAGGACAGGACUCUCCAGUCAUCCUUCGGGAUGGGAACGGCACAAUUUACCCAAUGGCCAAAGACUGUAUGUGUGGGAUCCGAGACCCUGAGUGGUUGGACCUGCCGCCCAUCGCCAGCCUGGGCAUGGGGGUGCACUCCCUGGCCAACCUCCCCACCAACUCCACCAUCAAGAAGAAAGCUGCUAUUAUCAUAUUGGCUGUGGAGAAGCAGACGUUGAUGCAGCACGUGCUGCGUUGUGACUUUGAGGCCUGUCGUCAGUACCUGGUGAACCUGGAGCAGGCUGUUCUCCUGGAGCAGAGUCCCCACGUCCUCCACUCCUUCCUGGGCCACCGCUGCGACGGCAACCGCAACAUCCUCCACGCCUGCGUCUCCGUCUGCUUCCCCGUCAGCAACAAGGAGACCAAGGAGGAGGAAGAAGCUGAACGGUCUGAGAGGAAUACGUUUGCAGAGAGACUGUCAGCAGUGGAGGCCAUUGCCAACGCUAUCUCUGUGGUGUCUAGCAACAGCUCUGGGAACAGGACCGGCUCUUCUAGCAGCAGAGGGCUGCGUCUGAGGGAGAUGAUGAGGCGCUCUCUGAGAGCAGCGGGGCUUGGCCGUCACGAGUCUGGCCCCUCCUCCAGCGAUCACCAGGACCCCGUGUCCCCUCCCAUCGCCCCACCCAGCUGGGUGCCCGACCCCCCUCCCAUGGACCCAGACGGUGACAUAGACUUCAUCCUGGCCCCUGCAGUGGGAUCUCUCACCACAGCCUCUACAGGGACCAGCCAGGGCCCCAGCACCUCCACUAUACCAGGCCCCUCCUCUGAGCCUUCGGUGGUGGAGUCUAAAGACCGCAAGGCCAACGCCCACCUCAUCCUCAAACUGAUGUGUGACAGCAUGGUUCUCAGGCCACACCUCCGCGAGCUGCUCUCCGCUAAGGAUGCCCGUGGAAUGACCCCGUUCAUGCUGGCAGUCAGCGGGAGAGCUUACCCAGCUGCCAUCACUGUUCUGGAGGCUGCGCAGAAAAUGGCCAAGGUGGGAGACCCUGGCAUGACGGAGAAGGUGAAUGCAGAGACUGUGUUCAUGGAGAUGAUCUGUCCCUCGGGGACCAACCCUGACGACUCUCCUCUCUACGUCCUCUGCUGCAACGACACCUGCAGUUUCACCUGGACAGGAGCUGAACACAUCAACCAGGAUAUCUUUGAGUGCCGGACCUGCGGCCUGUUGGAGUCUCUCUGCUGCUGCACUGAGUGUGCCAGGGUGUGUCACAAAGGACACGACUGCAAACUCAAGAGGACCUCUCCCACUGCGUACUGUGACUGCUGGGAGAAGUGUAAGUGUAAGACGCUGAUCGCUGGACAGAAAGCUGCUCGCCUGGACCUUCUCUACAGACUGCUCACCACCACUAACCUGGUCACCAGCCCUAACAGCCGGGGGGAGCAUAUCCUUCUGUUCCUGGUGCAGACUGUUGCUAGGCAGAGUGUGGAGCACUGCCAAUACCGGCCCCCUCGCAUCCGAGAGGACAGGAACCGCAAGGCUGCCAAUGCUGAAGACUCUGACAUGCCGGACCAUGACCUGGAGCCUCCGCGCUUCGCCCAGCUGGCCCUGGAGAGGGUGCUACAGGACUGGAACGCUCUCAAGUCCAUGAUCAUGUUCGGAUCCCAGGAGAAUAAAGACCCGCUGAGUGCCAGCAGCCGUAUCGCCCAUCUCCUUCCAGAGGAGCAGGUGUACCUGAACCAGCAGAGUGGCACCAUCCGCCUGGACUGCUUCACACACUGCCUCAUCGUCAAGUGUGCCCCUGACAUUACAUUUAUUGAUACCCUGCUGGGGACCUUGGUGAAGGAACUGCAGAACAAGUACACUCCUGGCCGGAGAGAGGAGGCCAUCGUCGUCACCAGGAGGUUCCUGCGCUCCGUGGCCAGGGUGUUUGUCAUCCUCAGCGUCGAGAUGGCCUCGUCCAAAAAGAAAAAUAACUUCAUCCCCCAGCCCAUUGGGAAGUGCAGGCGUGUCUUCCAGGCCCUGCUGCCCUAUGCGGUGGAGGAGCUGUGUAACGUGGCAGAGUCCCUCAUCGUGCCCGUGAGGAUGGGCAUCGCCCGGCCCACCGCUCCCUUCACCCUGGCCAGCACCAGCAUUGAUGCCGUGCAGGGAAGUGAGGAACUCUUCUCUGUGGAACCCUUGCCACCGAGACCCUCCCCAGACCAGUCCAGCAAUCCUAGUCAGACUGCGUCGUCCUACAUCAUCAGGAACCCCCAGCCUCGCCGCAGCAGCCAGUCCCAGCCGGUCAGAGGAGGGAGAGACGAGGAGCAGGAUGACAUUGUGUCUGCUGACGUUGAAGAGGUGGAGGUUGUCGAGGGCGUUGCCGGGGAGGAGGAUCACCAUGAAGACCAGGAGGAACAGGGAGAGGAGAACGCUGAGGCAGAGGGACAGCAUGAUGAACAUGAUGAGGAUGGAAGCGACAUGGAGUUGGAUCUGCUGGCUGCCGCAGAGACCGAGAGUGACAGCGAGAGUAACCAUAGCAACCAGGACAAUGCCAGCGGGCGGAGGAGUGUUGUCACCGCAGCAACUGCCGGCUCCGAAGCAGGUGCCAGCAGUGUCCCUGCCUUCUUUUCAGAGGACGACUCCCAGUCCAACGACUCGAGCGACUCGGACAGCAGCAGCAGCCAGAGUGACGACGUGGACCAGGAGACGUUCCUAUUGGACGAGCCCUUGGAGAGGACCACCACCGCCUCGCACGCCAACAGUGCUGCCCAGGCGCCACGCUCCAUGCAGUGGGCCGUACGCAACACCCCCAGCCAGAGAGCAACGGGCAGUGCCCCCUCCAGCUCGUCCACCCCUGCUGCGAGCUCCACAGGUCUGAUCUACAUCGACCCGUCCAACCUGCGGCGUAGCAGCGCCAUCAGCACCAGCGCCGCCGCUGCGGCUGCAGCCCUGGAGGCCUCCAACUCGUCCAGCUACCUGACGUCGGCCUCCAGCCUGGCCCGGGCCUACAGCAUCGUCAUCAGACAGAUCUCUGACCUGAUGAGCCUCAUCCCCAAGUACAACCACCUGGUCUACUCCCAGUACCCUGCUGCAGUCAAACUCACCUACCAGGACGCUGUCAACCUGCAGAACUUUGUUGAGGAGAAGCUGAUCCCUACGUGGAACUGGAUGGUGUCCAUCAUGGACUCUACAGAGGCUCAGCUGCGUUACGGCUCGGCCCUGUCCUCAGCGGGAGACCCCGGACACCCCUCCCACCCCCUCCACGCCUCGCAGCACUCCGCCCGCAGGGAGCGCAUGACCGCCCGCGAGGAGGCUAGCCUCCGCACCUUAGAGGGACGCAGGUCUGGGCGUGCGGCCACUCUGCUGACAGUGCGUCAGGGGAUGAUGUCAGCGCGGGGAGACUUCCUGAACUACGCCCUGUCUCUGAUGCGUUCCCAUAACGACGAGCACUCUGACGUUCUGCCCGUGCUGGAUGUGUGUUCUCUCAAACACGUGGCCUACGUCUUCCAGGCCCUCAUCUACUGGAUCAAAGCCAUGAACCAGCAGACCACUCUGGACACAACACAGAUGGACCGCAAGAGGAACCGUGAGAUUCUGGAACUGGGACUGGACAAUGAAGAUUCUGAACAUGAGAAUGACGAGGACACCAAUCAAAGCUCCAUGCUCCAGGAUAAGGAGGAUGAACCGGUCCCUGCUGAGACGGGACAGAACCACCCGUUCUUCCGGCGCUCUGACUCCAUGACCUUCCUGGGUUGUAUCCCCCCCAACCCCUUCGAGGUCCCCCUGGCCGAGGCCAUCCCCCUGGCAGACCAGCCUCAUCUCUUGCAGCCCAAUGCAAGGAAGGAGGAUCUGUUUGGCCGUCCUAGUCAGGGCCUGUACUCAUCCUCGUACACAGCAAGCAAAGGCCUGGCCGAGGCCACCCUCGACCGCAGCUGCCUGGAGGUUAACAUGGGCUCCUCUCAGAUCCUACCCACCAAGAUGUCCUACUCAGCCAACCUGAGGAACGUGAUGAGUAUGGAGACUAGUCAGCGCGGCCGAGAGGACCAGCCCAUGGACCAGGAGCUAGUGGCUCCAAAGCCAGGCCCCUCACCGCACGACCUAGCUGCCCAGCUGAAGAGCAGCCUCCUGGCUGAGAUAGGCCUCACCGAGAGCGACGGACCCCCGCUCCCUUCCUUUAGACCCCACUGUAGUUUCAUGGGGAUGGUGAUCUCCCAUGACAUGCUGCUGGGCCGCUGGCGUCUGUCUCUGGAGCUGUUCGGACGCGUCUUCAUGGAGGACGUUGGAGCAGAGCCUGGAUCGAUCCUGACUGAGCUGGGGGGCUUUGAGGUGAAGGAGUCUAAGUUCCGCCGGGAGAUGGAGAAACUCCGUAACCUCCAGUCCCGAGACCUUGCCCUGGAGGUGGACCGUGACCGUGACCAGCUGAUCCAGCAGACCAUGAGGCAGCUCAACACCCACUUUGGCCGGCGCUGCACCACCACACCCAUGGCUGUGCACCGCGUCAAGGUCACCUUCAAGGGACGAGCCGGCGAGGGUAGUGGCGUGGCCCGUAGCUUCUACACUGCCAUCGCCCUGGCCUUCCUGUCCAAUGACAAGCUGCCCAACCUGGACUGUGUGCAGAGUGUCAGCAAGGGCAUGCAGGCCAGCAGUACGUGUCAUCACGAUUACAACUCAAGUAUGACAUUGAAUCUGAUGCAGCGGCUGAGGAACAGAGACCGGGAGAGGGAGCGGAGGAGUGGAGGGCUCCGAGCCGGCUCUAGGAGAGACCGAGACAGCUCCCGUUUGGCUAAUGUCUCUUCUACCAACCUUGAUCGCGGUUCCCGCAGCACUGACAGCUGUGUUGACAUGACAACUGGGUCGGAGUUCCGAACCUUCAAAUGGAUCAUGUGCGAAGCAUUCAUUUUGAUUGGCUGUUGCUUGCAACUAGUGCACAAAGUUGAAUUUUUUUGCAACUGGAUGCAUCCAAGUUGUAGAUUAAUUGCUUAUCAGUUGCUGGGGGUGUUACACGAAGCAAUCCAAAUGCAACAUAGUUUGAAAGUUGUAACUAUAGCCUUAGACAUCUCACUAUUCAACUAUACCGAAAGUAUUAUUCUUUUUUACACUACUGAGCUGAGCCGAGCCAAACCUAUCUGGCCUGGUUACGCAUCCACCAUAGUUUCUGGCCUGCGCUGCAUUGUCUCACGUCGGAUAGCGCAAAAACUCAUGGGAUAGCUACAAAGAAGUCAGUCUACAAUAUGCUGUCCUAACAUUUGAAAAUGUUACCAAGGUGACAACGUCCACUGAACCUCCUUUCAUUCUCGAGUCAGUUAAUCUUACCAAAAACUAUAAACCUGGAGCUAAUUUUUUUUUUUUUAUGUCAUGAGCAAGGCUUCACUACCUAAUUCUAUAUCUAGCGAAGGUGUUUUGUGGUGGUAGAAUCUGUAUUUAUGAAAUUCUAAAUGUGUACAAACAUUUCAAAUCAAUCCAUAUGAAAAGAAAGACAGGGAUGCUAACACCAGUUCACACACUCAAUGCUGAAUACUCCCUCGAGCUAGCUAGUGUAGUGAAGUUCUAGCUAUGCACAUGAGUUCUCAUGAUAUCUGUUCUGCUGUGAUUAGUGCACCGAGUUCUACAGCACAGCUGACUUCUCUCUGCGAUGUUAUCGCGUUGGCCAAAUGUUACUGAGUAGCGAGACACAGUGGCAGCUGUCAGUCGGAUCCAUGCUGAUUUCUGAGAACAGUCCCAUACAGUGAGGGGAAAAAAGUAU